UCUGAGCCAGCGAAAUGUAAGUCACAUGUUACCGAGCAAAGCCGAACUGGAAGUCGCUGCUGCUGCGGGCAAAACGGUGGGAUGGCAACCCAGACGAACAUGGCGACAGGCGAGAGCACCGACACAUUAGAAACUUGGUUGAAUAAAGUGACAGACCCAAGUAAUACAACAGACAGGUGGGACUGCAUUCAAGGGUUCUAUGAGCAGGUCAACAGAGAACCAGAUGGGCCUCAGGUUGCCACUCGCCUUCUGGCCCAUAAGAUCCAGUCUCCGCAGGAAAAGGAGGCACUGCAGGCACUUACACUACUGGAGGCCUGCAUGAACUACUGUGGGAAGAGAUUCCAGAGUGAGGCUGCGAAGUUUCGAUUUCUGAACGAACUCAUCAAAGUUCUCUCACCAAAGUACCUGGGAUCGUACAGCCCAGAGGCCGUGAAGCAGAGGGUGACCGAGGUUCUCUACAGCUGGACUACAUGGCUGAAGGACGAGGCCAAGGUCCAGGAGGCCUACCGCAUGCUCAAGAAACAAGGGGUGAUCAAGAAAGACCCCAAGCUACCUGCUACCAUAGUAAUGCCACCGCCAACACAAAGACCGGAAGGUUCUCUCUUUGACGACGAAGACAAAUCUAAGCUGUUGGCACGGUUACUGAAGAGCAAUAAAGCAGAGGAUCUGCAGACUGCCAAUCGCCUGAUCAAGAACACCAUCAAAGAGGAGCAGGAGAAGGUGGAGCGGGUGAGCCGACGCAUCAGCACGCUGGAGGAGGUGGAGAAAAGCACGGCCCAGCUCAGAGAGCUGCUGGAGCAGCACAGGAGCAGCAGCGCACACAUGCCAGCCACGCCCCACAUGAAGACUGUUUAUGAACGCUGUGACAAGCUCAGACCCAACCUCUUCCGUCUGGCCAGCGACACUGUGGACGACGACGAGGCCUUAGCUUUAAUUCUGAAGGCCAACGACAAGCUAACUUCUGUGGUUAACCUCUUCAAAGAGACGGUAGAAAAACAGGAAGUGAACUGCAAUGGAGGCACGGGACCGUCUGUUGAGACAGUUUCAGAGCCUGCCAGCCCAAUCAGGAGUUACCAUCUUAUUGAUUUCUGUGCUUUUGAUGCGUCACAACCAAAUUCAUCAGCGUCGCCGGCUGACGCUUCUCCUAAUCACGGAGCUUCAGAGGACUCCAAUGCCCUCCUGCUUUUUGAUGAUGACAUGGUGUCUCUGGGGGUUGCAAGCCCUUCCCCUCCCGAUGAGUCCCUCCAGGUCCUACUUUGAAGAGCUCAUCGAGCUGGAGGAUAUCGUCAGCACCCCAGAGCGACCAGCCAACGACACUGGACUUCAGCAAAGGUCUAACGGAACAGGUCCCCUCCUCAUUCCGAAGGGUUGUGGAGUAGA